UCCCAUCUGUAUUUAUCUGACUUUCUUUCUUGUGUCUCAUUCAUUGUUCUUGAUCCUCAUUCCCUAGCUUCAACAUACUUAGUUUGCCUCCAACUCCAUUAUGGCUGCUGAGUUGGUUGCUGGUGCUUUGCUUUCUGCUUCGCUUCAGGUUCUGUUUGAACGGUUGGGCUCUGAGGAGAUACCCCGGCUGUUUAGGGGAAAGAAAUUGAUCCUGGACCAGCUAGAUGAACUAAACACUAUGUUGAUAUCAGCCAAUGUACUGCUCAACGAUGCUGAGGAGAAACAACUUCGAAACAAGGAGGUCAGGAUGUGGCUAUGCAAGCUUCAAGAUGUGAUUUAUCAAGCUGAUGACUUGGUGGAUAGGAUUGACUAUGAAACUCUGCAAUCCAAGCUUGAAGAUGAUCAAUCUAGCAGCAGCGCAAGCAAGGUAUUCAACCAACUGAAAUCUAUGUCACCUUUUAUGUCAAAGUUUGAUAAAUCUGUUAAGUUUAAUGCCAUGGAGAUCCUUCGUAAGAUGAAUAUUCUUAUUGAUCAAAAGGAUGCUCUUGGCCUGAGAGAAGGUGCUCAAAAAAAACCUUUUCAAAGGCCACCAGCUCCUUUAGUAGAGCAAUAUGAUGUUUAUGGGAGGGAUAAUGAAAAAGAAGUUAUUGUUGAUUUGUUGCUAAAAGAUGAUAUUAGUAGCAGUAAUAAGAUUUGUGUCAUUCCCAUUGUUGGGAUGGGUGGUGUGGGCAAAACUACUCUUGCUCAACUUGUUUAUGAUGAUGAUCGAGUUCAAAAGCAUUUUGAGCUAAAAGUGUGGGUUACUGUGUCAGAUGAAUUUGAUAUUUCUAGGAUAACGAAAGAGAUAUUUGAGGGGGUCACUUCCUACAAAGUUCAUAUAAAAAACUUAGAAGAAAUUCGAAGGAGAUUGAAAGAAGCAUUGAAGGGAAAGAAAUUUCUCUUUGUUCAUGAUGAUGUUUGGAACGAGUCUUAUUCCCAGUGGGACACUUUGAAGAGUUGUUUCGACUCGGGAGCAAAUGGAAGUAAAAUUAUAGUGACAACUCGAAGCACAAUUGUCGCCUCUACUAUGGCCACUGGCCAAAUUCAUCAACUACAAACUUUGUUGAGUGAAGAUUGUUGGCGGUUAUUUGUCAAGCAUGCUUUUGGAAAUGAUGUUGAUCUUAGUGGCUACCAAGACCUACAAGUAAUUGGAAGGAAAAUAGUGGAAAAGUGCAAAGGCCUUCCAUUAGCAAUAAAAUCUCUUGGUGGAUUAUUACGUUCUGAACGAGAUUCCAAAAAAUGGGAAGACAUACUUAAUAAUGACACAUGGGAGGAGUUGUACAAGGAGAGUUCUAUUCUUCCAGCUUUAUGGUUGAGUUAUCGUCACUUACCUGCACAUUUGAAACAAUGUUUUGCAUAUUGUUCCAUAUUUCCCAAAGAUUAUGAAUUUGAUAGAGAAAUUUUGAUUUUGUUGUGGAAGGCAGAAGGCUUUUUGCAGAGUGAUAAAAAAUAUAAAAAGGAGGAGCAACUUGGAGAGGAAUACCUUCAAGAUCUGUUAUCAAGGUCAUUCUUUCAACAUUCAAGUCAUAAGAAAGAGUUUUUUCUCCAAAUGCAUGAUUUGGUACAUGAUUUAGCUAUGUUUGUAUCAUAUGAUUUUUGUUCCAGGCUGGAUAGAACUAAUGAUAAACAUCGUCUUUCGACCAAGAUUCGUCAUUUAUCUUAUAUGAAGACUUGGAAAUACAAUGCUGACACACUCAAGUGCCUGAGUGAAGCUAAUUGUUUGCGUACCUUUGUAGCAUUACCAUUCGAAAGGUAUAGCUUCGAAAGAACAAUAGUUUUGUACGAUAUGUUUCUUAGCGCAGGAAGUUGUUUAAGAGUGCUUUCUUUAAAUAACUCUUCUAUCAAAGAGCUGCCUAAUUCAAUCAACAAUCUAAAGCAUUUGAGGUACUUGGACUUGUCUUGCACUGAAAUUGAAGAGUUACCCGAUUCAAUUUGUACUCUGUAUAAUUUACAGACUUUGUUGCUGUUGAAUUGUUAUAAGCUUUCUCAUUUACCAAAGAAAAUGGGGAGCUUAAUGAAUUUGCGACAUUUGGAGAUCCAUGGUGUACCUUUGAGAGAGAUACCCCAUAUGAAACACUUGCAUUUCUUAUCUAAUGUAGUUUUGAGUGAUAAGAAUAGUGGAGGAUUUAGAAUGAAAAGUGUAGCAAAGCUUGCAAAUUUACGCUGCAUUUCAGGGUUGGAAAAUAUCAACGAUGCAAUAGAAGCUUCUGAAGCUAAUUUAAUAGAUAAGAAGGGUCUUUCAAUGCUGACUUUGAGCUGGAAUGUUAAUGGUAGUGUUGCUGAUAGUUCGCAAAAAGAAAAUGAUAUACUUAAUGCACUUCGACCUCAUACAAAUUUGGAGCAUCUCGUGAUUGAAAAUUACAGAGGUACAAUACUAUCAGAGUGGAUUGGAAACUCUGCAUUUUCAAAUUUAGUAUCAAUCAGGUUAAGCAAUUGUAUAAAUUGUUAUAUUUUACCUUCACUCGGACAACUAGUCUCUCUUAAAAGUCUCAAAAUAAAUGGAUGUAAUAGUGUGAUCUCAAUAGGUUAUGAGAUUACUCAUGAAAAAUGUCGUUUAUUCAGGUGUUUAGAAGUCUUGGAGAUUAGGGAUAUGUUGGAGUGGAAAGAUUGGUCAUUUUGUAGUGAAGCUAUGCAACAAGGUCAAAUAUUCCCUCUUCUUAAAGAACUUUGGCUGUUUGAUUGUCCAAAGCUUAAUGUUGGCUUACCUGGUUAUCUUCCAUCCUUGGAACAUCUCAAUAUCUCCAAUUGUGAUCAAAUGGUGGUUUUGCUCCCAAGAACUACUCAACAGACCAUCGUCACCCCUCCCUCUCUUGCCUUUAUAUGGAUAGAUAAUUGUUCCAUGUUGGAAUCGCUUCUAGAUUGGGGAUCACACUUGAAUGUACAACACAUUGUAUUAGUGAGAACCAAAAAGCUCUUUGAGAACCAUAAGCAAUGGGAUCUGCAUAGACUCUUUAAUUUAGAAUACUUAAGUAUUAGUGGAUGGGAAGAUGAUUCAUUUCCCAAUGAAAGGCUCCUUCCGACCACUCUGACUAAUCUUUACAUUUGGGAUUCUAGUAACCUUGAAACCCUAAAUGGCAAGGCUUUUCAACAACUUACCUCUCUUACAUCUUUAAGUAUUGGGAACUGUGAAAGGUUACGGUGCUUGCCAGAAGAAGGGCUGCCUACUUCUCUUUGUCAAUUAUAUAUAAAAGAAUGUCCUUUGCUAAAGCAACGCUGUGAGAAAGGAGCAGAAGAUUGGCCUAAGAUUCAUCGCAUCACUAAAGUGGAAUUGGAUCGCAAGUGUAUCAAUGAAAUGCCCCAAUGAUAUGAAGUGCGUAUUGGGUUUACUGUGAUUGGGGCGACAUCGACCCUUCCUUGCGCUGGUGGCACCUCUGCCACUUCUGAUGGUAUUUAUUCGACGUUGGCAGUUGUUGGGGGUCUUCUUUGUCAUUGGGGUGGGGUG